AUGCAUGAAAAAACUCAGCUGAAAGGCGCGGCACCGCCGACCACCACGGAACGCGGCCAGCAGCCACCCGAGACUUCAGAGACCCAGAGCCCUUCUGCAGCGACGUCCUCGGACGCGGGGCGAGCGGACGGGAAAGACACCGCUGGCACCGGUCCACGUGUCAUCCGAAUCCCAUCCCCAUCUCGCCUGUUCACAGACGCCGUCACGCCGAUCAAGGCCAGCAACCCCCGCUGCUUCCUGGACGUCGACGUCAGCGGCGAACCAAUAGGCCGCCUAGUCGUCGAACUCCGGGCGGACGUGGUGCCCAAGACGGCCGAGAACUUCCGGACCCUCUGCGCCGGAACGCUGGGCUACGGCUACCAGGGCUGCCCCUUUCACCGGAUCGUGCCCAACUUCAUCUGCCAGAGCGGAUGCUUCGAGACUCCGACGGGCAAGACAGGGGGCUGUUCCAUCUACGAGGGACGCCCCUUCGAGGACGAGAACUUCGCCCUGCUUCACCUGGAACCCGGCCUACUGUCCAUGGCCAACGCCGGCCCCAACAAGAACGGCUCGCAGUUCUUCAUCACAAUGGUUAAGGCGCCCUACCUGGACAAGAGGCACGUGGUGUUCGGGCGAGUCCUGACGGGCAUGCAAGUGCUCAAGACGCUCUCCGAUCUGGGCACGGUCAGCGGGACUCCACUGCGCCCGGUGUCCAUCCGGGCCUGCGGUGUGCUGUGAACCCUUCAUGGAUGAUGAGCGUAAUUCCAGCUCCUUCUAGACGACAAGGCCGUAGCGCUGGGUUUGCUACGUCACCUUCCGAAGGUCAAUCCGGGGCAAAGGUUUAUAUAAUUCUUAAACUGGUGGGGGCUUAUAAAUCGCUGGAACAGAGCACGAAGUAAACACGAGUGCUGUGUCAGCGCUCGGCUGGGUGCCCUCGGCGUUCGAACACGAGUCCCAGUCGAACGAUGACGCCGCACUCGUGUCUGUGUGCCUCGCGCUGGCCUUCGGUA